GAACCUUCUCUCCAACGACGUGCCUCGCGCAAAUCAGUUGCCUUCACCGACGAGAAGCUUGUAGUCGACGCAGACGGCAGUGUAACCAUGGUUGCUUCCCCGAACGACGAUACCAAAGAGACAGCCAUGUCGCAUACCCCUCGUACGCCGCCUCUCUCCGCCGCUCUCGGUGCCUUUACUGAUGCUGCCUCUCAAGCACCCGCCGCCGCUCCUGCUGAGGAUGCUGACGGGCUCGAUCUCAGACUCAUGAAGAAAAAGAAGAAGGCAAAGGUCGAGACCGCUGAGGGUGACGACGAAGCCGCCGCCCCCGCUGCCGGCGAGGAGGGCAUCGAUCUCUCGCUCAAGAAAAAGAAGAAGAAGAAGGUUGCCAAGGACGAUGAUGACUUCGCCAAGAAGCUCGAGAAGCUCAACAUCGAGGGCAAGGAGGGUGAAGAGGCUGCUCCUGAGUCGGAGGAGCAGGAGGGUGACUGGGAGAAGGGUACCGGCAUCUUCAAGCACGACGAGACCAGCACUAUCAACUACAGCCCACUCCUCUCCAGAUUUUUCGCCCUCUUGUCGCAGAAGAACCCCGACCACGCCUCAACCGGCACCCGCUCCUACAAGAUUCCUCCUCCUCAGUGCUUGCGCGAAGGCAACAAGAAGACCAUUUUCGCCAACCUUGCCGAGAUUUGCAAGCGCAUGAAGCGUGCCGACGAGCACGUCACAGCCUACCUCUUUGCUGAGUUGGGUACCAGCGGUUCCGUCGACGGUUCCAGGCGGUUGGUCAUCAAGGGUCGCUUCCAACAGAAACAGAUUGAGAACGUUCUUCGCACGUAUAUUAUAGAAUAUGUUACCUGUAAGACGUGCCGUUCCCCCAAUACCGAGCUCUCCAAGGGCGAGAAUCGCCUUUACUUCAUUACCUGCAACUCUUGCGGCUCUCGUCGUUCCGUCCAGGCUAUCAAGACUGGUUUCUCGGCCCAGGUUGGCAAGAGAAGAAAGAACAAGGCCUAA